CCCCUUCCACGAGCCAAAGUGGCGGUGGCCAAUGUUGUGUGGAGGAGGAUGAAGGGGUGGCGGUGGUGCGUGUGGUGGGGACGAGGCGGUGGUCAAGCUCCUCUCUCUUUGUGUGUAUUUGUCUGUCUCUCUCCUAAGAUCCUGAUCGAGUAGGCGGUUGUGUGAUGGGGAGGAUGACAUGAGGCGGCGGUGAUGGGCGAGGAGGACAAGGGGCAGUGGCUGAUGUUGUGGGCGAGGAUGAGGGACUGGUGGACAGUAAGGUAAGAGCUAGAUCAAAUUGGCCCCGAGCUAGGGAUUGCUAGAUCUAGCCCAUGGCAGUGCGGCGACGACAGUAGAUUGGAUGAUGCGGUGAGGACGGCGGCUCAAAUGGCGUGGCGAGGACGGUGGCUCCUGUAACACAUGUGCGGUGGCCGGUAGAUCCGACGACAGGCACCGAUGGAUCUGGUGCCACCAAGGUCGUCGUACCGACAUCGUGGAGGUCUUGGAGGAGUGUCGCCGACCAUGUGACUUUAAUUGAUUUUUUUGGGUUGAUCAUUGGAUUGAUGUCGAUGUGAAAGAGAAAAGUUUGUAUUUGUGAGAUAUAUAUGUUUGGAUGUUGUUUUUUUUUUGUGAGAUUUAUAUGUUGGAUCUCUAGAGAAAAAUUUGUAUUAAAGUGUGCAGUUACUGAACGCGUAAAAAACUGAAGCAGUACAUGAAAAAAAUGAGUGAGCGGCAACUUUCGUUUACCGGAAUUUUAUUGUAAUUUAUAGGAAUUUUCAUGAUGAUGUUGAGUACUUCAACGGUUCAGCCUCUCAUCAUAUACUUCCACCACAUUUUAUAGGAAUUUUGUAGGACUUGUAAGAGGUCAAUCAACACUAACAAAUGGCUUUAUAUAUACAUAGGAGAGGGAAGCAUUGAGACUCUACACACUUUCCCGUAGGUGCCAUAUAAACUUACAUGAUAAGGUGAAUGAGAGAUAUAAAAGGAGAGAGAAAGAAUCACCUCUCAUGUAAGGGGUAAUCUCUACAUAAAUCCAAGAGAGAUAAGAACAAGAGACCCAUAAAUUGAUAGGAAACAAAUAAAGUAAAAUUAAUAUGAUGUAUUAGGGCAAGUGUGCUAGAGGUGAUUUGUUCUAUAUAUUGACUCUUAAUUAAUGAGUUGAUGAUGUUGACUAAAUUAAGGUGACUAUCACCUCCACUAUAAAACUUGUCCUGAGAAAGCGACCGCACCGUAUGAACGGGCCCUGACUGCCAUAACUCAGUCCAUUGUCUUAAGUCGCAAAUUAAUGGCGGAAAACGGAGGCUGGCAGUAUAUAUUCACAUCCCACCACCACGGCACCACCCCAGCGAGCUAGCCUUCCCCCGCGAGGCAGCAAGACCAUUAUCCGAGCCAUCAGUUGGGCGCAGAGUUGGGGGGCAGACUUACAAGGUAGGUGGCAAGUGAAAUACAUCUCAAGAUUUGGAUGGAGGGUUAGCACCAGAAGAAUAGAAGCUCAAGAUUUGGAUGGAGGACUGGCACCAGAAGAAUUGAAGCUUGAUGGAAACCUUGGUCAUCUGGAGAGUUUUGGGCUUCAGCAGUCACUCUUCUCUGCUGUAUUAAAGUCACUUCUUUCCGCUGGCUUGAUCACGUUUGUGUUGAGGAUAGUUUUGCUGAAGGGUCACUUCUGGACAUAGGUCCUAUUGAUCGUAAUUUCGGUUUCGGUCCUUUUUUUUUUCCUUUGUUUAGUUUCAAUACUUGUAAAGCUUGGGCUUUCAUGCCCUAGUUCGAAAAAAAAAAACCAUGACUGAGCUCGCUUCUGGCGCCGUGAGCUCACUGCUGGUGGUCAUCCGCAACGAGGCGGCUCUUCUCGGCGGUGUCCGGGACGACGUGCAGUUCAUCAAGGAGGAGAUGGAGAGCAUGCACAGCUUCCUGGGGCACCUGGCCAGGAGCGCUCCACAGGGUGGCGAGCACGAUGAGCAGGUGUGUACAUGGAUGAAACAGGUGCGGCUGCUCGCCCAGGACUGCAACAAUUGCAUCGACCUCUACCUGUACUCUGGGAAUCCAGAGAUUCACCGCGCCAAGGGCAGACUCCGGCGACACCUCUGGUGGGCUUACUGGUACCUGCGCAAGAUGGUCGCGCAGCACCGCGCGGCCAUCCAGCUAUGCCAGCUCAAGGACCGGGCGCGGGACGUCGGCGAGCGACGGAUGAGGUACGGCGUGGAGGUUCCAGCCACGACAAAGGCUGCUGCACCUGACGCAGAAGGUGGCUAUGCUGCUGGAGAUGAUGAAGACUAUGAGGAUCAUUCUGCUCGAAGGGCCGUCUAUGAGCCCCCCGCUCUGGAAGACUACGUGAACGCAAAACUAUUGGAGUGGGCAGAAGAAAUUCCUCCAGACGCCAUUGAGACGUUGUCCAUCGCCAUUGUGGCACCGGAUACAGAUAACAAGGAAGUCCUUGAUCUUGCACGCGAUACUUUGGUUGUUCCAGGCAACUACUACCAUCGCAGUAUCACGGUCAACGUCCCGGCGGUGCACGCCGAUUUUUUACCGCUACGACCUAAGGAGAUUCUCUACUACAUCUUACGGGAGCUCGAGCCCGGAUCCCAGAAGCACGUCACAUAUCAAGGUGACCCUUGGCAAGAUUACUACAAUAUUUACUGUGGCAAAAAAAGGGUGCUUCAUAAAAUCAAAAGGAAUAUAGAAAAGAUGAAUGUUUACAAGAAGCUUGAGAAGAUCAAGAGUGAUAUUAAAGAUGGACAACAUAAGAGUGACAAGCAGCUGCUGCUUCAACUACAAAAGAAGGGUGUGGAUCAGGUGGAUCUACAUGUACUCGUUCAGCUAUUGCUGCUCCAGUCUCAACAAGACCAAGCAAACAACAAAGCAGUAGACAUGUAUAAAUUACCAGAGUGGAACUACGAUAACAUCAUGAAAAUAGCAAGGAAGCUUAAGAAGCAUAUGGAAGCAGACGAGGAGCUUAAUGAGCAAAUUAGUGUAGAAAAGAGAACAACUAAGCAAGGAGGAGGAGGAGAGAACAAGGAGGAGAAAGACAAAGGAGAUGGAGACAGAGAAGAGGGGAAGGAGGAGAACGAGAAAGACAAAGGAGAAGCAGACGGAGAAGGAGAGCAGGAGGAGGAGAUGAAGGACAAGGAAAAAGGAGGAGAAGAGAGGAAGGAGGAGCCGCACCACGAGAAGCAGGAGCACAAGAAGGAAAAGGAAGUGAAAGAAGAAGAGAGGAAGGAGGAGCAGAACAAGGAGAAAGAGGAGAGGGAAGGGACAGAAGAAAAACAAGUAGGAGGAGGGGAGAAAAAAGAAGAAAAAGAAGACGGUGAUGAUGAUGGCGUCAUCGACGACAAUUACGAUGAGGAGGAGGAGGAGGAGGAAGAAGAUGACGACCCGAUUCAUCUUCAUGAAGCUCAAUACGUACAAAUUCUACUAGAAGUGUUCCCAAAGAUCACCAGCAGCAAGGCCCAGCAGCAGGACAAAUCAGAGGCCAAGCAAGCUACAAACACCGCAACGACUACAUUGGAUGAGGUACGAAUCAAACAAAUGAUCAAUGACGCAAAACGAGAUAUCUUAAGGGAGCUGCGGGGAGGCAAAUCUGAUAAGAAUGAAGCAACAGGAGAACCUGAUGUUCCACCUGAUAAGAAUCAACCAACAGGUGAACAUGCAGGUGUUCCGGACCAAAAUGGAGAGGCUUGUUUUGAAGAAUUAGAGCUGAAGAUCGAAGAAAUCAAGCAGGAACUUAAAGAGCAGCUGAAGAUCAAAGGGAUCGUGGACAAGAUCAAACAUCACUUACAGGGUGAGUGCCCCCUCAUUAUCCUAAAAGUUGAUGACAUGAUGGAUGGAUCCAGAUGGGAGGAGUUCAGAAGGGCUUUGAGCCUAUUAGAAUGCAGUGCCGAUGCACUGAUCUUCACCACAGAGAGCACCGAACAGGCUAAAGGAUAUUGCUAUCCACCGCGAGAACCUAUAGAUCACUGUUCUCAUGUUGGUCUCUACCAUCAUACAGUGCUCGAACUUACUAGCAAGCAGAAGAAUAAAAGCAACUAUGACCCCCGGAUUUUUCUUGACAUCUUGAAGGAGUGUGAGGGGCAUGAAUUCUGCAUGAGGAUCUUCACCCAUGCUGUGUAUGCUAACCCCAAGAAGAGCACUGAAGAGUUAAGCAAGCUGCACAGCACCCUGCAGGAUUCACAAAAAUCAUUUGACGCAAUAGCUAAGAAUAUGCUCAUGUACUCUUACAAUGAUCUGCCUAAAGAAUACAAAUCCUGCUUGUUGUACCUAGCUAUCUUCCCCAAGGGACAGAAGAUCAGGCGGUCAACCUUGAUUGGACGGUGGGUUACAGAAGGGUUGACAUUCAAGGAAGAUUGGCCCAGUUCUGUGCGUCAGGCAAAUCAAUGUUUUGAUGCCCUCAUCCGUCGGUGGCUUGUUUAUCCUGCUGAUAUUGGUGCCACAGGAAAGAUCAAGAGCUGUGAAGUAGGUGAUCUAGUUCAUGGGUUCAUUACCACAAUUGCUAGAAAACAACACAUUGUGGAGACACGCCUAUCACAUCACUUGGCUCGCCACUUCUCCAUUUUCAAUGAUCUCCGACUCCGCAGUUCCGAUAGAAUUCAAACGUUCUUCCAAAGCCUCUCACAAUCAUCUCGAGUAUCCCUACUGAAGGUUCUAGAUCUAGAAGGUUGUCAGUGCUUUGGUGUUAAGAAUCAGAGGUACCUCAAGGACAUCUGCAACAAGAUGUUACUGCUCAAGUAUCUGAGCCUAAAGGGAACAAAUAUUACCCAACUGCCCAGAGAAAUCAACUGCCUCCGUGAGCUAGAGGUAUUGGAUAUCCGAGAAACCAUGGUGCCAGCAAAUGCAACGGUUAAUGUCCUGCUCUUGAAGCUGAAGCGUCUACUUGCUGGUCACAUUGACCCAAGUCUAAGAAAUUUUCGCACUAGCGUUCAUAUUCCUCACAGGAUAGACAAGAUGGUAAACAUAGAGGUACUAUCUAAUGUCAAGGCCCAGCGCAGUGAUGAUUUGGAAGAUAUUGGAAAGCUAUGGCAGCUGAGGAAGCUAGGUGUGGUUAUUAAUGCUAAGAAAAGUCACCUCGAGAAGUUGCUUAAAGCAAUCAGCGACCUACAUGAGUGCAUCCGUUCUCUGACAAUCACUAUUCCCACAACCACACUCGAGGGUACUCCUUCAAACCCAGAGUUACCAGAUCAUAUUGACUCUAACCUUCCCCAUCCCAAGAAACUUGAGAGUCUAAGCAUCAGUGGAGCCAGGUAUCUUUUUCCAUUGUUGAUCAAAAGUGAUAAUAACAAGCUUGCCAAGGUAACUCUAAGUAGCACACAACUGAACCAAGAUGAUCUGGAGGUCCUCGCCAAGCUACCCAAGUUACAGUGUGUUAGGCUCCGACACAUUUCAUGCACAGAGAGCAUGCUCAUCUUCAAGAAAGAUGAUUUCAAAUGUCUCAAGUACCUUCUUAUUGAGGGCUUUAACUUGACUAAUAUCACUUUUGAGAAUAGAUCAGCCUGUGAGCUCGAGAAGAUGGUUUUAUCUUCCACCAGCAUAGAGUCUAUCUCUGGAGUUGAUAGGCUUCCAAAAUUCAAAGAGCUUGAGUUGAACAACAGCCCUGUCCCGAAUGAGGUGAAAGAAGCCAUUGAAAACAAUAAAAGGAUAAAUCUUAAAUGUAAUGAACCAUGAACUCAAGAUGAGGUAAAACGGAGAUGAUCAAGAGGAUGAAGACAAUGCUGCAACAUCCUCAUUCUGCUGGAAGAAACAGGUUUGUCGCCAGAGGAGCAUAUUUCCUUUGAUCCCAUGGUGUGGUUUGUGUGUGCUAGUGUGGAUUGCCAUCUGCUGCUUGUCUGUUUAUUUCUUUCUGCUGUGCGUGGGCGUGUCUUUAUGUUCUGCAUGAUGUAAUAAUUCUUGUUGUACCCUGUUUUUUCUUCCUUAAUCUGUUUUGCUCUGUUUCCUAGUUCGAGUCAGUGUAAGCUCGAGUCUUGAUUGUUCAAGCCGGAGCAAGUCCUUAGCUAGUUGGCACAACAUGCACUGGCGUGUGGGAUGGCACACGAUUCAGCGAGCAAGUUAGUUGUGUCAUUGGUGCGGCACGCCCCGACGUGCGGGAUGGCGCACGAAGUGGACGGGCAUGGCGUACGUAGUGGCUUGAAGGCCACAAUUUCAUUUGCGUCUUGUCUAUUUAAGUUACAAUAUAAUCCAGAAAAUGCUGCCACUUGACAGCACCAAAAAUCUCUUCAUGUUCGAGUUCUUCAUCAUCAAGUUCAGAGCAAGUUUGUUUGUUUGGUUUGUUUCUAACACUCCAUGUGUUUCAACUGAGUGUGUCCGGUUACUUGCUAUGCAUAAGUGCCUUGUGCCUCUAAUUGAGCUAAAAUGGUCAUGUCUCUGAUCGGAUUUGAAUUUCUGUGGUUUUCAUUUGUCGAACACCAUAUGCAUUCAUAAACAUUUUGGUGUAAUAAUAAGUAUAAUAUUUGUGUACACAUUUGACUUCUAAUUAAUAUAAUGUGUGUUACAGUAUACAGUUUUCUUAUUCCUGAAAAAGCAAAUAUUAUGCAGCAUGCUUGACUGGAUUCUGAAACUCAACGAUGAACUUGGUAAAUGGGGAAAGCAGAGUUUUAUGCAGAUUAAGUAUGCAUGAUCUGUAAUCUGUCUGCACCUUCCGAUUGCACUGCUAGCAGUAUGCAUGAUCAAGGAAAAAGAGAAGUUGUUUUCAGUCGUAUGUUGUCGUGCUUUUGGUUGGUCCGUGUGGUUUCUGUCCGUGCAUUUUUUCUGAUGGAGAAGCCAGUAUAGUUCAGAAGUUAAUAUAACUGAGUACACGACUUAGCAAGCUGCAUGCCUUGAUCGAUGGGGAGGCCAGUUCUUCAGACAAAAGGAAAUGAUUUGUGCAGGAGGACAGCUUCAACCGAGCAUUUAGCUAGCGAAGCAGUGGACAUGUGCAUGCAUACCGGAGUUAUAAUAACGAGCAGGACCACUUGAUCACUUGAUCCUCCCAUUCUCCCCUCCAAUGAGCAUCUCUGUUGUGCCUCGCCCCCACCCUGCCCUUGUCCUCCCAUCUCUGGUGGCUCUACAGUCUACACUUCCUACCGCACUAAUCCAACAAGCUGCUAGCCCUUCCCCAGCACUGCUCACACGAUGGUUGACAUGAUGCUAGCUAUAGUUUAAGAGGUUUCCUUACUAGAACCAUUUAUAAAGAUAUA